AUGUCCGACUCGAAACCGAACAUUCAAACCGCAUUGGCAUUCUUGAAACAGGUCAAGAGCGAAAUGCCGACAGAGUAUGAUACGUUCCUGGAGAUUUUGACUCAGUUUCGCUCCAAGAAUGUAAAUGCGGAGAUGGUGGUCACAGUUGUGAUUGAGAUGCUCAUCGGGAGGGAGUACUUGCUGCAGGGCUUCAGCCAGUUCCUCCCUCCUGCAUGCCGCGACUGCUUGAUGCAAAGAUUCUUCUCGCCAAGCAAAGACGAGAAUCUUCGGACUUCGCGGUCAGCCAAGCACGAAGGCGACGAGAUGAGCUCGCCCGAGAAGAGCGAUGGAGAGAAGCACAAGGGGAAGAGGAGAGGUUUCGACCAGAGCAGCCUCAUAGGAUCUCUCCCGCUCGAGCAGAAGCGGAGGCGCGAAAGUGUCGGGGAGAUGGACUUGCGGCCAAACGCCUUCCUGAACUCGUACGCGGGGAUGGGGAAGAGGAUGACGCAGCAACAGAUCUACCAGGCUCAGCUCAAGAAGACCAUCGCUCCUCGCAAGCUUGCAGACAUGUGGGAGAGGCUGGAGAAGCGAAUCGAGAAGAGGAUCGAGCAGAUGGAGGCGGCGGGGGCCUCCUGGAUCCCGUCCAUCCACGUGGACGAGAUCUUGAAGGGGGAGGUGCCAGCGCAGGUGGUGGAGCAGGUGAAGGUGGCAGGGGUGAUCAAGAUCCGAGGGGUUGUAGCCAAGGCCAAGGCGCUGGAGAUGAACGAGGGGAUGAUGGCAGACCUGAGUCACUACCUCAAGGUUGACCCCAAGAAGCCUGAGAGCUACGAGACCAUCUACAACGACGAGAACCCCAAGGCCUUCACCUUCGGGGGGGUGCAGGAGAUGUACUACACGCGCGGUCAGUUCGAAGCCCGGCAAGACGAGAAGAUGCACAAGGUGAGGGUCUGGCUGAAUCACUUGUGGGGCUACAGGGAGAAGAAGAGCAAGAAGCUCUUGUUCCUCCCCGACGUCGAGACCACUUACAUCGACCGCUGGCGCCACCGCCUGCCCGGCUACGACAAGCAGACAGGCAUGAAGGAGCACAUCGACAACGGCGCCAUGUGCCGCUGGGCGGACCCAGCCUGGCAGGAGGUGUACCAGGAGAUCAUGGAGGGGAGGCUGGAGGACUACGACGCCUGGGACGUUGGGAGGCGGACGGAGACGUCCGGGUCCUUCUUCCGCUCCUUCCAGGGCUGGCUGGCGCUCUCGCCUCAAGGCCCGACUGACGGGACCCUGGAGGUGAUCCCGAUGGUGACGGAGGCCAUGGCGUAUGUGCUGCUGCGGCCCUUCCAGGAGGACGUGCCUGUCCAUCAGUUCUGCGGGGUCAGCGACACGGGGGGGGGCGACACCAUCGAGAUCACCAGCAGGUGGCAUGCUCCGCUCCUCAAGGCCAAGGUUCCUGUCGGGCCCGUCGACGCCGGGGACACGGUCUGGUGGCAUCCCGACCUCAUCCAUGGCGUCGAAGCGGAUCACGCCGGCUCUCAGCCCAGCAACGUGCUCUACAUCCCCGCCUCUCCCCUAUGCCCACAGAACGCGCGGUACCUUGCCAAGCAGCGAGCAGCGUUUCUUCGCGGCGACGCUCCUCCUGGAUUCCCAAACCUGAGGAUCGAGAACGACCCCGAGCGUCGCAUGAAGCCGAGCCAGCUCAGUGAGCUGGGGAAGCAGCUGCUGGGCUUGGAACCGAUACCUAAAUCUGUGCUGGAGAGCAGCAGGUGCUAUUGGGAGAAGGGGAUGGUGGGAUGA